AUGGCCUUCGUUCCUGACCUGGACACGCUGGAGAGCAGCAACCUGAGCGAGGAGACUUUCUAUGGCCCUGACUGCAUCUGCCUGCAGGAGAAACCCCCUCUGGACACAAAGGUGACAUCGCCUGAGGUGGGCAUCCAGGUGACAGUGACCAAGGGGCACUCUGCCAGGACCUUCCGCCAGGCUGCCGUGCUGGUGGCAGCUGUGACCAAGCUCUGGAAGCGGCCAGCACACAGGGACUUCACUGACAGUGACCUUGGGGACCUUCUGGAUGAUAUUUUUGAACCAGUCUCCUUCCAGCACAUCGAGGGCAGCUGUGCUGGGGCUCCUGUCUACCGCUACACUCGCUCCCAGUCCUUUGACAUCCUUGACAUUGACCAUAAAUGCUUCGUGCUGGAGUCUCCCACCCAGCUGGUGGCCCUGCACCUGCAGGGCCCCUCUGCCAAGCAGAAAGUGAAGCUCAACAUUGCUCUGUACCGUCCCCGAGCAUCACAGGGUGGGCUGGGGACCGGGCAAGUGCCAGUGGCACUGGGCAUCAAGGGCUACCAACUCUACAUGUCCUGCGUGAUGAGCGGGGCCCAGCCUGUGCUGCAGCUGGAGGAAGCUGACAUCAGGAGGGACAUCGACAGCUUGGAGCUGAUUCGCUUCAUCUUCUUCCGCCUGGACAGCCCUGCCGAGGGCACCACUCGUUUCGAGUCUGCUGCCUUCCCUGGAUGGUUCAUCUGCACCUCACAGCAGCCUCGCCAGCCUGUGGGCAUCACCAACCAGCCCGACCAGGUCAUUGCCACCUACGAGCUGAGCAGGCAUUGA